ACCAUCCUGUUUACCAUCCUUGCCGUUCAUUCACAUUCACCAGCCACCGUCCAGUGGAGAAUAGUAGCAGAAGCAGCCAUUGCCUGUCAUAUUAUUGGCUUUGCCUUGAAUUUCCUUAUUAUAUAUGGUUGUUGCUGCCACUGCCGGAGCAUCAGCACAACUACUCCUAGUACUUGUUAAAUAUCUCCGUCGUGCUCAUGACAUGCUUGCCUUCUUCUCCUCCAACCCCGCAUGGUCUUCUUCCCAGCGCGACGUUGAGUUCCUCCCCAUCAUUGCUUCUCCCCUUCUUCGUCAGCACCUCGACCUCCCCCUGUGGCUCUGUGAUCAAAGAGGGAACCAGGAAUUCAUACAGGCAAAGAAAAAUUAGCAAAACGGAGGAGCUCGUUUAGUUGGCAAGAAUGGUGGAGGCAGUGGGGUCCUUUGGGAACAGAGGCGUCGGCGUUGCGGGGAUGAGCAGCACGCUGGAGGAGGUGCAGAUGCAGGAGACCCUCAUCUUCUCCGACACCAUCAAGGAUCUCAAGACGCUGAGGUCGCAGCUCUACUCCGCCGCCGAGUACUUCGAACUUGCCUACAUGCGGGAAGAGGGAAAGCAGGCGGUGAUGAACAACCUCAAGGAGUAUGCCGUGAAGGCCCUUGUCAACACCGUUGACCACCUGGGCUCCAUAUCUUUCAAGGUCUCCAGCCUCAUCGAUCAAAGGUUCGAUGAGGUCGCCGAUGCCAAUCUCCGGGUCUCCUGCAUCCAGCAGAGAACUCAAGAUGGCCAAGCCUGCAUGGACAGAGAAGGCCUUUCACAGCAAUCCUUGGUGAUCACUGCCCCUAAGUAUCACAAGAGAUACAUCUUGCCAGCUGGAGACAAGUCGAUGCCCAGUGCCGUGCCCAACUUCAGGGAGAUGAACAAGGUCACAAACAGGACCGCGCAGAUGCAUCAAGUAUUCAGUGCAGCCCAACCAAAAGCUAAAGAGAAGCAGGCUUCAUUCAGCAAGUUGCGAUCGAUUGCCCGUGCACCUUCACAGCGGGCACGUUCAGCAUCACCAGCACAGCGGUCACAUUCCGUGCCACCAUCUGAGGCUGCUAUACCCAGCAACAGAGAUAGGCGAUCAGAUUCGCCGAUUCCUUCAGCAACUCCACUGACAAGGUCCGGAUCACUCUCAAAGAAGGCAUCCUUGCUCAAGACGUCAAGUGUCAGGGUUCAGACCACCUCACAGCCCAAGAAAUUGGCACCACUGAGGUCACAAGCUGACAGGAGCAACGACAGCAAGGAUGGCGAGCAUACCCCAAAGAAGAGCAGGAAGUUCCUCAAGUCAAUCCUUAGCAGGCGCAAGUCCAGAAAAGAUGAGCCGUUGCCGAGUUAUUUCGAUGACUACUGAGCCUUUACUACAGAUUAGGUGGCACCACUAUCUCUGCAUACUCAUGCAUCAGUAUUUUCAGACAAAGUGGUAUAUGUCCUCGAUAUAAAUAUUGUCAUUGUAAAGCAGUAGUAUAAAGUUGGUAUAUAGUGUAAGGUGAAAAUGGGAAAUUUCAGCAAGAUACCUCACCUACUUGCCUGUUUUUGUGAGUUGCAUCAGAUCGCAAGUCUCUGUAUUCAUUUGUUAAGUCUCAUGUUCGUUCAGAGACUUCAGCUGGAAUUCAUGAUCAACAAUGGUUCAAUUUGUAAUAACAUAAGAGUUAAAUAUGCAA